AGUGCCAAUGCCAUCAGGAAGGUUUCUGAACUUGAUGUUCAGCGGAGAGAUGGAAAAUUAGGGUUUUGGUUGUCGCCCUCAAUCCACCGUCAACAACCGUCCUGCGCCACUCGCCGUUCUCUGAAAUUCAAUCUGAAAUGUCGAUUAGACAGGUCCCGAUAACCAAACUAUUCAUAUAUCUGGUCUCCGCUAAGCACCUCUCGCGAACACCAGCCGCCGCCGCCAGAUUCUCAAGUGCUUCAUCGACGGCGCCAUUUAUUCCGAUCUUCCAAUUCGGCAAUGGUCGCGGGUACCACGACGGGCGGCCCAGAGGGCCAUUGUGGAGAGGGAAGAAGAUGAUUGGGAAGGAGGCUCUGUUCGCGAUACAAGGCGUGAAGAGAUUCAAAGACGACGAAGAGAAGCUCGACAAGUUCGUGAAAACCCACGUGCUCCGGCUCCUGAAAAUGGACAUGAUUGCCGUGCUCAACGAGCUCGAACGCCAGGAGGAGGUUUCUCUCGCAGUCAAGAUUUUUAAUGUGAUCCGGAAAGAAGAUUGGUACACACCUGACGUUUAUCUGUAUAAGGACUUGAUAAUUGCACUGGCGAGACGGAGAAAGAUGGAAGAAGCAAUGAAGUUGUGGGAGAGCAUGAGGAAAGAAGAUUUAUUUCCCGAUUCACAGACAUAUUCUGAGGUGAUUAGUGGGUUCUUGAGGGAUGGAUCUCCUGCUGACGCGAUGAAUUUGUACGAGGAAAUGAAGAAAUCCCCAUACCCUCCAGAGCAGAUGCCUUUCAGGAUUUUGCUGAAGGGGCUUUUGCCACAUCCCCUGCUCAGGAAUAGGGUCAAACAAGACAUUGAGGAGAUUUUCCCUGAGCAGCGCGUUUAUGAUCCUCCCGAAGAGAUUUUUGGAUUAGGCUGAUCAAGGGGCUUUUUCGGAAGCAGCCUCUCGACGUAUUGGAGUAGAGGUAUGGUAUGCAUUCAUCUUGCCCUCAGACGACACUCUUGACUGUGAUACAGUGAGUCUGUUUGGCUGUGAUGUAUCCCAACCUUUCAUUUCUCAGUAGUGACAAUCUUUUCCCAGUUUGUAGGAAAGUAAUGGCAAACUUAUUCAAACCUAACCGAGGCAGUUUGUACUUUGUAGCACCCCCAGAUUUGGGAGAGAAGGGAGGGGGCGUUCCAAGUGUCUGGUUUCUACACGGCCAAAAAAACGCGUGCAGAAAUCAACUGAAUAUUUGUUAGUUUCCCAACUUUUCUGCUUCUCUAGCCAGCAGCCCCUCAGGGGAGGUUUAUUUAUUAAUCAAAGUUUGUGACAAGUGACUGGCAAGAAUGCCUAAACUUUAGGUUCCACCCGGACGGAUUACGGGGGUCUAAGGUGACUU